AUGGAUGUCCCGGUUGAGAGCCUGUUUCCACAGCAAAGCAAUCAAGAGGAAAACAUUACCAUAAGAAAUCAUGCACAGAACAGUAAGUCGAAUCCUUCGACUCCUACAAAUCAAAACAAGCAAGAUAUUAGCACUCCGGUGAAAGCUUAUGAAAGAUCCACUGGAAAACAUAAACAGAUCCCAAUUGACAAGAUGGAAAAUAGCACAAACAAGAGUAAAGGAAGGGAUUCACAAUGUGAGAAACAUACAACCAAAUCCACAAUUUCGGCAGGAUUUGCUAUGCAAUCUCCAGAUGCUAAGAAGAAACCUCUUGAUACACCUCCUAAACAUGAAUUUGUACAGUCAAAAUUAUCUGAGAUGAAAGGAAUCAACCUAUAUGUUGACCUGAAUUGCAAUGAAGAUAUUGAUGUUAUCAUUACCAAUUCAGAAUCUGACCAGGAAAAGAAUAAAAAAGACAGUCAACAUAACACCCAAGAAGUUUUGGAAGAUUCCAGUGAAUAUGAAUCAAGUUUGGGGGAUGCAAGGGAUGAUGAUGAUGAUGAAGAAUUCCAAGAAGAAGAAGAUUAUGAGGAAUGUAAUUCAACUGAUAAGGAUGAGCUUCUGAAGACUUUUGCACCGAGAACAGUCUAG